GCUCCGAGAGUGCUGUGCUCUCUCGAGAGGCAGAGCCGAUAGAGGUGCCGGCCUCGAGUCGCGACUGACGGGGGCGCUCGCGGCGGCAUUUUGGCAUGUGACCGAGCUGCAGCUGCUAGUUUUGCAUCCAACCUGCAGUGACCUCAUUUGCUUGCUGCAUACAUCCGCAGAGCUAGCGCGAACCGUUGCAGAGAGCUGCAGAGUGCUGCCAUUGCAGCACUCACAAGAAACACAUGGCCCACCUCGUCGGCAAGCGCAUCGAAGUCUACUGGGACGGCGACGCGCGCUUCUACAAGGGACGCGUGGCGCGCUACGCGCCGCGCACGGGCCGCCACGAGGUCGCCUACGACGACGACGAGACGGAGUGGCUGCGGCUGGACCGGGCGCGGCACCGCUUCGUGGACGGCGGCGGGUCCCGCUACACGAUCGAGUGGGAGUGGGCCGACGAGAAAGCGCAAGGUGCGCACGCGGCGGCCGUCGCGCAGCUCGUCGCCGCCGUCGGCGCGACGCCUCAGGUCGCAUCAACCUACCUCGACGCGCACGGCUCGCCCGAGGCCGCCGCCGAGCGCUACCUGCGCGACCGCGACGGCGACCGGCCGCGGCGCGCGGCGCGCGGCGCGGCGCCGAAGCGCGAGCCGGCGACGCCGCCGCGGCGCCCGGCGAAGCGGCGGCGGGCCGACAAGGGCGCGGCCGCCGGCACCAAGGCGACGGUCGACGACGACGAGGCCGCGCCCCUGGUCCAGGGCGUCGACGACGAGUGGGCCGACUGGCGCGGCUGCGUUUGCGGCGGCAGCUACUACGGCGAGAUGGUCGCGUGCGAAGGCGGCUGCGACAACUGGUUCCACUUCGCUUGUGUGGGUCUGACGCGCUUACCGCGCGGCGAGUGGCUCUGCCAAGACUGCAAGACGAAGAAGAAGCCGAAGAAGCGCCGCGUCGAGAAGCAGCCGGAGCCGCUCCCGCCCCCUCCGGCCGAGGCGACGGCCGGCGACGCGGCGCUCGCGCGGCGCCUCGCGGCCGACGCCCGCCCGCUGCGGCGCGGCCGGUCCGCGACGCAGCCUAAAGCCGAGGACGCCGGCUGGUGCAUCUGUGGCGGUUCUGGAGAAGGCGCCAUGGUGCGCUGCGACGACGCGAGUUGCGCCCUCGGCCGCGGCUGGUUCCACUUCGCCUGCGUCGGGCUCGCGGAGGAACCACGGGGCCGGUGGCUCUGCCCCGAGUGCCGGCCGGCGGCGCCGGUUCAAAAGCGGCGGCGCGAGCGCCACUGCUGGUGCGACCGGCCCGACGACGGCCGGCCCAUGGUCGAGUGCUCAAUUGGAAAUUGUCCGCGGCCGUGGCACCACUUCGCUUGCGUGGGGCUCGCAAAUGAGGUCCCCGACAAUUGGGCGUGCGCCGCGUGCGAGCGGUCGAGCGAGACGCGGGUCCGGUCCGCGAUCGUCGAGUGUGGCCGGGAUCUUGUGAAACGCGCCGCCGUCGAGUUCGCGCGGCGAUCGUGUGGCGCCGCGCUGGCGGACGUCGUCUACACGGUGCACCGCGGCCGCGCGGGCGGCUGCCGCUGGCGCGCGCCCGAGCGCGACGACACGGAGAUUGGCGAACGGGCGGCGGCGCGCGAGUGCCUCACGGCAUUAUUAUGGGCCGCCUCGCUGCGCGGCACGCCGCCGGGGCCCGCCUUCGACGCCGAGGUCGGCUCCUUCGCGCGCGUCGCGCGCCUCGGGCCGCACCGCCAUUCCCAGAGGCCGGCGCCCUUAAAAGCCGUCGUCCGGUCACCGCGGGGCCUCGUGCUCUUCCGGGCUCCCUCGGACUACGCCGCGGCCUUCGGGGUGACGUGCCACGCGCGCGAGCACUUUUUGCAGUUGCAAGGCGCGGCUCCGCGCACUACCUCGUCGUCGCGGCGCGCGCUCCAGGUGCGGCCGGCCUUCCCCGACGCCGCGCGCGCGCCGCCGUCGGAUUUAACGAUGCGCUUCCUGGACAUGCUCCGCGCGCGCGACUCCAUAAGAAUCCAGAAGGCCGCCGGCGCGCCGUGGCCCUGGUCCGGAGACGACGUGUUGAACUGCCACAAGUUCACGAACGUGAAGAGAGAGCACGACCGCGUGACGGCGUGGCUGCGGGCCCACUGGACCGAGCCACACGCCGACGCCGACGCCGCGACCGUGCUAUUCAACUGCGGCGUCUUCCGGACCUUCGGGACCGUCGCCUUCGCCGAGGCCCUGGGCUGGACCCACUCUCUAGAUGAGUGGGACGCCGCCAAGGCGCGCGCGGCGGCGGUCGCGUGCUGGCGCGGCGGCCGCCACGCGUUCACGCGGGCCUACUGCCGGCCGCGGUUCAACGCGGAGCGGCGGCGGGGCGACGCCGGCGCCCGGCCGCCCGUCGAUGUGUAUGAUGGCGCUAUUCGCAUCCUGGCGGCGCUGCGCGGGGAAUGCCACAACGUGAUGGACCGGGGCGGGUCGUGGCGCGCGGUCUGUACCCGACUCCGACGCGUCGCGGGGUUUGGGGGGAGCGGCUUCAUGGCCAAGGAGGUCCUGCACGACGCCAUGGGCUGGGCGUCGGUGCGGGCAUUGGUCCGCGACGCCGGCGACUGGACGCCGCCGGGGCCCGGCGCGCGGCGCGGCCUGAACCGGCUCCACGGGCGCGCGCUUGAUUUAGGAGCUCUGGCGCCGGCCGACUCGCCGGGCGAGGCGCGGUUUAUCAAAGAGAUGGGGCUGCUCCUUGGGGCUUUACGAGACUCUGACCGCGCGUUCUGCAGUUCGUUGGAACUCGACAUCCACGACGUGCAGUUCCAGCUCUGCGAGUACGACAAGUACUGCCGCGCCGCGGGCGAAGGACGCGGCCACGUCCCGCCGUACCGGCCGUGCGCGGCGCUCUUCGCCGGCGGGGCCGCGCCGCCGGGCCUCGAGCUCCGCCCAUUGUCGGAGGAGUGGCACGCGCUCCGGCCCGCGCGGCCAGCGUCGCCGACGGACGAGGCCGCGACGUCCCGCGACGGCGACGACGACGACGACCUCGUCGAGGGCGACGGCGACGUGCCCAUGGAAGUGUAAUUUGCUAGGAC